UUCAGACCACAUUCUUUAUGUUUGUGUCUUCUUCUUGGAACACAUUUAUCAUUACCUGUUUCCUGCUAAAGGCUCACACUCUUCGGUCGGACCCUCAGAAGAUUGGGAGCCACUGCUUAUCUUCUUGUGCUGCCGUGCAUUGUCCACAAUGUCCGUAUUAAAAACUGCAGCGCCCACCGGCUGCGAGCCUCUGGCCGCGGUGUGUUCAGGGGCAAACUGCCUCGUUCCUCUCGAUAGCUUCAAUGAGAAGCUGAGCCUGGCGAUGAGCAUCGUGCUCACCGUGAUGCUCGCCAUGGUCAUGUUCUCCAUGGGCUGCACUGUGGACGCCUCCAAGCUGUGGGGCCACAUCAAGAGACCCUGGGGCAUCUUCAUCGGCUUCCUCUGCCAGUUUGGCAUCAUGCCUUUCACAGCCUUCGCCUUAUCCACGGCCUUCAACGUGCUGCCUGUGCAGGCCAUCGUCAUCAUCAUCAUGGGCUGCUGUCCCGGUGGCUCCGGCUCCAACGUCAUCUGCUACUGGCUGGAUGGAGACAUGGACCUGAGUAUCAGUAUGACCGCCUGCUCCUCCAUCCUGGCCUUGGGGAUGAUGCCUCUCUGUCUGCUCAUAUACACCGCCACCUGGACCUCCACAGGAAGCAUCCAGAUCCCAUACGACAGUAUUGGUAUCACUCUAGUUUCCCUUCUCGUCCCAACCGGUCUGGGAAUGCUUGUUAAACGGAAGUGGCCCCAAUAUGCAAAAAAAAUCCUGAAGGUGGGGUCCUUUGCAGGCUUUGCUCUUAUUCUCAUCAUAGCUGUGGUUGGAGGAAUUCUCUACCAGUCCUCCUGGGACAUUGAUCCAUCCUUAUGGAUUAUUGGAACUAUCUACCCCUUCAUUGGUUUCAGCUUGGGGUUCUUCUUUGCUCGCUUUGCGGGGCAACCCUGGCACAGGUGUCGAACCAUCGGGUUGGAGACGGGUCUUCAGAACUCCCAGCUGUGCAGCACCAUCGUCCAGCUGUCCUUCAGCCCUGCUGAGCUGGAGGUCAUGUUUUCAUUCCCCCUCAUCUACAGCAUCUUCCAGUUGCUGGUGUCCGUCAUAUCCGUUGGAGGCUACCAGUUGUAUAAGAGGUAUCGAAAACCUGGCUCAGAUGAUGCCGACAGUGAGUCUCCAGCCCUGGAAGCUGGUGAAUCAGCAAAAAAGAACAUACAUGCUGUGGAAAAUGGUGGCUUUGAGUUUGACGACAUUAGCAAGAGCGGAGAGAAGAAUAGCGACGUAAAGAACGCCACCCAGCUGUGAGUUUACAGAACCUGCUAAUCCCAGACAUUGGACUUUCAGUAAAACCACUCAGGGCCAUAGACCCUCUGAAGACAUCGGAACUCCACACUGUGAGCACACAGUGAACUCUGCAGGCCGGAGGUGUGCACUACACGUGCCGUUCUGUUCGACUUUGGAAAAUACUUCACAAGAACACGGGUUCCCAAACGUCUUCCCUAGUAUGACAAAUAACUGACUCUCACACUGUAUCAUAUUAUGUCUUGUAUUGAGAUGCCUUCCUUUACAUUAAUUUAUUCAUAUAUUAACAUGUGCAACCACUUACAUUCUUUGGAACGCAUGUUAUGUGCAUGUUUCUUGAUCAAUUGUAGAUAUUUAGCUACAGUCGUGUUUUUGAAUGAUGGAAUUAAAUGUGUGUCACAUUCAUAAUUGAUCUGAUAAGACACAUUAUUGUGUCAAGAUGAGGAGAAUUAUGAACACUGCUGAGAGACAACCUUUCCACGUCCUAAAACCUACUAAAAGAGCCUACUGCUUUUUUGUUUGAAAGAUAGUUAUGUAUGUUUUUUUAAUACUUGAUUCUGAUAGCUGGUGAAAUCAGUGGUAACUACAAACCAUGUUUGGAACUGGGGCCCCAACGCAAACUCCUGUUACGUUUUCAUUUCUAAAUAGAAGUACAGUAGGGGUAAUGGGGCACAGCAGAAUUUUGAAUUUUGAAACAUGUAAGCUCUAAGUCAUUUUUAUGGUUUAACAUAUCCUUCCAAGAUUGAACAACAGGAGUAUACUGGAAUGCUGAUAUCAUUCUGAGACAUAUUUGCUAAUUUAUGAGUCCUCUGUAUAAAUGUGCAAUGAGAAAAAACUAUGAAUACACAUUUCC